CGGACAAGUCAACAAACACCAGCGAGAAGCCCAAGCAAAAAACAAAUCAAAUCAAUAUGAAAUUCCUCAUCUGUUUGGCUCUGUGCAUCGCCUGCGCUCAGGCUGGCUUACUGGCCGCACCCGUGACCAGAUAUGCGGCCGUGGCUCCCAUCGCCACCUACUCGGCUGUGGCUCCCAUUGCCACCUACUCGGCUGUGGCGCCCGUUCGAUUCUCCACCUAUGCUGCCGUCGCCCCUCUCUACAGGACACCUGUGACCACUUACGGCGUCGCACCUGCCGCAGUCUAUGCCAGUCCGCUCUGGAAAAAGUAGUCACUGCUUGAUGGUAAUAUACGGCCUGAUCCUUGGAUUACUUGAGAAAUAAAAUACAUAAAUAAAAAUACCAUAAAUCGUGUCUUGGCCCUGGCUUUCGAGCAUUUGUGUUAGCGUGUCUAUUCCCGCUUCUUAACUCAAUUGAUGCUAGCUUACUGUAGU